GCCCCAGCACCUCGCUCAGACCCUCCGUCCCCGUCUGGCAGCAGGAGCCCGGGCUGGGGGACGCUGCCUGCGGCUGAGGGCAGCGCCGCGCCGCCCGCCCCGCCACUCCGGCCCCCGAGCCUUUCGCCAGCCCCCCCGCCACCUUCUCCGCGCCCCAAAAUGCAGCGCCGCCUCUGCGCCCUGCUCCUGCUGGCGUCCCACUGCAUGGGCUCGGCCGCCGGGAUCUUCCCCUUCGGGGAGCCCGACUUCUCCUACAAGCGCUCCAACUGCAAGCCCAUCCCUGCCCCGAUGCUGCUGUGCCGGGGCAUCGAGUACCAGAGCAUGCGGCUACCCAACCUCCUGGGGCAUGAGACGGUGCAGGAGGUGCUGGAGCAGGCCUCCACCUGGAUCCCGCUGGUGCAGAAGCAGUGCCACCCCGACACCAGGAAGUUCCUCUGCUCCCUCUUUGCCCCCGUCUGCAUCGACGACCUGGACGAGAUCAUUCAGCCCUGCCACUCGCUUUGCGAGGAAGUGAAGGAGAGCUGCGCCCCAGUGAUGUCCGCCUUCGGCUUCCCCUGGCCCGACAUGCUGGACUGCAGCCGCUUCCCCAAGGACAACGAUCUCUGCAUCCCGCUGGCCAGCAGCGACCACAUCCUCCCCGUCACCAGGGAAGCACCCAAGGUCUGUGAUGCCUGCAAAAACAAAAAUGAAGAUGAUAAUGACAUCGUGGAAAACCUCUGCAAAAACGACUUUGCCUUGAAGAUAAAAGUGAAGGAGAUUGCCUACAUCAAUGGGGAUACCAAGAUCACCCCCGAAACAAAGAGCAAAACCAUCUACAAGCUGAAUGGGCUGACAGAAAGGGAUCUGAGGAAGAUAGUGCUCUGGCUCAAAGGUGGCCUCCAGUGUACCUGCGAUGAGAUGAACGACAUCAACGUCCCCUACUUGGUGAUGGGGCAGAAGCAAGCUGGGGAACUAGUGAUCACCUCGCUGAAGCGGUGGCAGAAAGGGCAGCGGGCUUUCAAGCGGUUCUCCCGCAGCAUCCGCAAACUACAGUGUUAGUGGCUUAAUCUCUGGCUGUCUCCAGCAGCCGUCUCUGUCCCAAGCUCUCUGGGCCCCCCGCACCUUCCUGCUUUGGCUCCUCUGAGCCUCAAGAUGCCAUUGGGCACAAGGCACAGUGACCGCUCUCCGAGAGGGGAGGAACCCCUCCGUUUUUGUACAUAAGUUAAAAUGUAAUAAUAAUAAAAAUAAUUAAAAAAAAGACUAUUUUUGGGAAGUAUUACAGUCUCUUGCUU